GUGGGCAGGCCGGCCGGGAAGGUGGGUGCCACACCUGUGUAGGGCGGAGCGGGGAGCAGCGCACGCGCGCAGCCCGGCAGCCGGCAGGGGCGGGAGGCGCCCAGGACCUUGCGCAUUGGCCGCCGGCGGCUGGGCUCGCUCGCUACCCGUGGCGUAAUUUCCCAGGCUUUCUGCGUCUCCAUUUCUCCGCCUCAGUUUGGGGCGGCUGGAAAGCACGGCUUCGGAGAUGGAGUCGUCCUUCGAGUCCAGCUUUUCGUCCAGCCUUGCGGUGUCAGCGGCCUCCGGAUGUCUGCCCCCGGCCCGCUCGCGCAUCUUCAAGAUAAUCGUGAUCGGGGACUCUAAUGUAGGCAAGACGUGCCUGACCUACCGCUUCUGUGCUGGCCGCUUCCCCGACCGCACCGAAGCCACUAUCGGGGUGGAUUUCAGAGAACGAGCGGUGGAAAUUGAUGGGGAACGCAUCAAGAUCCAGUUAUGGGACACAGCAGGCCAAGAGCGAUUCAGAAAGAGCAUGGUGCAGCACUACUACAGAAACGUGCACGCGGUUGUCUUCGUGUAUGACAUGACCAACAUGGCCAGUUUUCACAGCCUGCCAUCUUGGAUAGAGGAGUGCAAACAGCAUUUGCUGGCCAGUGACAUUCCACGGAUUCUCGUUGGAAACAAAUGUGACUUGAGAAGUGCCAUUCAGGUCCCCACAGACUUGGCCCAAAAAUUUGCUGACACACACAGUAUGCCUUUGUUUGAAACGUCUGCUAAAAACCCCAAUGACAAUGAUCAUGUGGAAGCUAUAUUUAUGACUUUAGCUCAUAAGCUUAAGAGCCACAAACCAUUAAUGCUUAGUCAACCUCCUGAUAAUGGAGUUAUCCUGAAGCCUGAACCAAAGCCUGCCGUGACGUGCUGGUGCUAAAUGUCCAUCUUGAUUAUUCUGUCGAUUUUGAUUUGAGGAAGUGUGACACAGCAAUAGUUGUAACAUUAACUCUCAAAUGCAAUGGCUGCUCCUGAUAUGUUAGUAUUUCCCAUUGUCACGCUUUUGUAGUUUGUGUCGACUUCAUCAAGGUUGUCACUGUGACCACACAAGGAAAAGGUUGGCAUCAGGUGAGACUGAAAACCACGGGAUGAAUGAGAAUAUUUUUCCCUCUGGGAGUCCAGUGAGGGAAGCUUGGCAUGAGAGCGUGGUGGGAUUUUCUGAGUCAGUGACUUACAGGCUCUGUUCCUGAGACUGGGUGCAAAUGGGAUAUAUUCUCUUAGGACAGAAAGUGGGCUUGCCUCUUCCCUGAGCACCUGCCUUGUUGUGUUAAGGUGUUUGGGUGUGCUGUAUUGAUACGUUGUGGAGUCAAGACUUUGAGUCAGUGCGAGGAGAAGUAACAGAAUGUUUUCUGGGCCUCAGCCCAUAAAGAAUGACUUUUCUACUAGUUCUGGAAGCUUACUCUUUCUAAUUGAGAUUAGAUCUACAAAAAUUAUUUUUAAUAAGAACGAAUUGUUUUCUUACUAACUUCUAUUAAAAUAAACAAAUAUAAGCCAGAUCUUAAAGCAAGUGAAGUAAUAUAUAAUACGGUGCUCGAUAUUUUUAUUUUGAUGUCUUUAAAUAAAUCGGAAGCAUUGGAGGAAGUGUGAUUUGGAAGAGAAAUGAGGAUACGCCUGGUUCCUGGCCACCACAGGAGCCCUGUUCUUCAGUUGCAGUAAUUUCAGGCCGUGUGACUAGCAUGGUAUCUCCUUGGUUCCCCCUCCCAAAGCCAUGUAAUGACUAGCUGCUCAAUGAACAAGUUAGUUUUCCUUUGGAUUGUGAUAGCUCUGAGGGUAUGGCUCCUUACUAUGAGUCUACUUGUAUUUCUGUAAUAAUACUGUGUUAUUGAUUUUUUAAAAGUGUUUAAAUUUUGCCGUCACAAUGAGCUAUUCCUCUUGGGUAUGGGAAAUAAACGAGAUACUGAAAAUGACUGUGUGUGUUGCUCAGUAAUGGAAAGCAUAGUUCAAGUUUUUACCCUGUUUAC